CUCCCAUUCGUAUUCUCCACAACACGGGCAGCAGCGCUACAAAGCUCCAGACAAAUUCAGAUGAUCUGUCCCCCGCCCUGAACCACUUCGAAGGAUCUGACGGCAAGAUCUUCAUGUCCAUUAGUCCAGACCGUAGCAAAGAGCAUGAGCGGUAUCGUGGCGCGAACUCGGUGCAGGAUGGUGCGUCAUCGAGACGCAGCAAUUCUACCGGAUUUGUUGAAAAGAUAGGUUUGCUGUGGAAGAACCGCUUCUCGAAAAAAUAUGUUGGUGAUGCCCACAAGCAGAUUAAGCUCGCUGAUGGCAGUACGAUUACGGUCUACGCGCGCGGUACUGAGGGACACUUGAAAGUCACAGAGAAGCCUCAGGUCGAGCCACAUCAAACGCACAAUGUGAUGAAUAACCCACCCAUUCGUCAGAGACUCCGUUCCCUUCCAAGUGGCAGACCAUCUGAGCAACCCCCUAUGUUUCGAUCUCCUUCCCACUCGCAGCAAACUGAUACAGGACUGGAAUCUCAACCAAUCCCCCAUGCAGAAGCAACCCUCCAAAACUUUUCUAGAAACCAAGUUUCAAGCGUCCACCGUAGCCCUUCGAACAUCAAGCGGAAAGCGGCACCCCGAUGGUCUCUUUUCUCUUCGACUGAUCCCUCUGGGCAGCCGCAGACGAUUAGGGGUCGCUCUCUCUCAGGGGUCGAUUCUGACGAAAUUCAAUUGCCUCAUUUUAACUAUUCAGAAGCCACCAACGAACAUCGAAAAACUUUCGAACCUCGUACCAACCACCACUCAGCUGCCGCUACCAGCCCGCCAGCUGCGCGGAGUCGUGUCUCACUGCAAUCUACCGCGGCGCCAACGAUGACGACUUUCACAAGACGUACAUUGAUGACCCCCGAAUCAUCAUUGCUUCAUGUCGAGGACUGGCAUGAAGAAGAACCAGAAUCGCCCACUGCAAGGCAACGAGUGUCCAUUCAUUGGACCCUUCUGUCCCUUGAUGCGCAAUAUCCCAUUGUCAUGGAUUUGUCAAAGCGGAAGAGGGAUCUUGCGCUGGUGACAGAUCCGGAUACCCCAUGGUGGAAUGUGAACUUGCUUUCGAAACCUGCUACGCGUCCUUCAGUCACCAAAUUGAAGUUAGUUUCUCCAAAGACGAUGUCAAUCACUAUCGAAAACGACCAAGGAGUCACUGUUCAUGACGUGAUUAUGCAUCUAUUUGAAACAUUCAGACGCCCUCUUACGUCUGAAGAACUCGAUAUAUUCACGCCUAGCAUGCUGUACCAAGCCCGUGUCGCAUAUUCCGAGAACAGACGCCAUUGGACAGGAAAUCCAGCCAAAAUACCCAACGAGUUGAGGUGGAUUGACACGCUUUUCGAUGAGCCGAUGUUUGCGGGUUUGUCGUGUGACCCCGAGAUUCUUCAACAGCACAGUGGAGAUGCGAUGGAUACCCUUACACUUGUUAUGAAUUUUAAGUCUAGAUGAUCGAUGCACUGCUCGAGACGAGAAGAUCCUUGCAGCAAUUGCUAACUUAUAAUACCCUUUUGAUGAUUAUCUUCAUUAGUAGGUUCAGGCGAUGACUUCACCUCAUUCCACUGUAGCCCAACGUUGAUCCCAGAGUUUGUUGUUUUUGAUUUAGUGUAGUUGAUGCUUUUUAUCCUUCUUGCUUUCAUCAAAUGCCCACCGGCUAAACUCCAGCUAUGUCCUUGCAUUAAUGUUAUUUGCUUUCCAAC